AUGGUAAUGGACAACCGUGCGAAUGAAGAUAACGAGACGGAACACAACUCUUCAAUUUUUAUAACCAAUUUUCAAAAUGGAGACGUCGUGAACUAUUCCUUAGUUUUGAUUAAGGGAAUCAUAACAAGAGGCAAUUCUAACAAUCAUGAAAAACUCACGUGCACAUUAAAAAGUGAAAACUUUCAAAACAAAACUCAAUGGGACGUUUACAAUGGAGAAUUUAAAGUGAUCAUAGAACUUUUAAGAGGUGAAAAUGUUAUUGAACUGGAAUACGCUGAACAGCAACGAAAAACGUUACUCUUGGAUUAUACCCCACGAAAAACAAAUCUGCGAGUAACUCCAGUCUACAUCAUAUGUCAAGGUCACGACGGAUGUUUUCAAAGUCCACCAGAUGUUGACAACUCGAUAGAAAGUGCCUGUUCUCGAAUUGCGAUUGGUUCAAAAUUAAUCCAAUGCUUAACAGCAGAAAAACUUUUUGAGAGUGGCAUAGGAAGAAAAACAUUCCAACUCGAACAUGAAGUCAAUCCUAAGAAACCAGAAUGCAUUGUGUUCAAAAGCAGCCUCAACGUUAACAAGGCCAGAAAAAUGAAACAAACCGAGUUAUGGUCACAUUUUGGAAGAGAACUGAUGCUUUCUGAUUUAGGAAGUAAUGAAAGAAAAUUCUUGGGCUUUAUAUCCUGCACUCGAUUCAAAGGUACUGAUGUUGAUAAGCCCAUGACACACGAAGAGAUUGUAUCUCUUACUGAAGCAUACGCUGCAUUAGGAGGAGGAGGCUUGGCUCUUUUCGGAACAGCUUGUCUGUAUACCUGGCCCACGACUGUGGAAGAAAUCAUUCCAAAAUUCUUAGAUGCGACUCCAGUAAACGUAAGGCGAUUCAUGGACGACAGUGGAUAUCGAGGAACAUUAGGCGGAUGUUUCGCAACUACCCUGGGUUCAGUAUUCCAUGAACUCGGUCACACAUUUGAUCUCGGGCACACCAAAGAUGGUAUUAUGGGAAGAGGUUUCGACAAUAUAGACAGAGUAUUUGUAACCGGGGAAAAACGCUCAGCUCUAGUGAAAGAUAACAUGAAUAACUUCAAUGGAAAACCAGUACAACAUUCUACCGUUUCACUACAGCGUAAUAUAAGUGUAACUAUGAACGUUGCGGAGCCUUUGCGGGUUUUAGGACCAAGAAGCAAAACAACGUUAGCCGGCAUUAGAAUAGUAGAAGUACGAGACGAAUCAAAUGGGAUGGUUUUAGAUUCAUAUGAAUUUACUAAUCUUGUACCAGAAAAGAGAUUCUUGGUUCCAUUUACUUUUUCUCCUAAAACCAAAGUGUUGACAAUAGUAGUGGAGGAUGAUUUGGGAAACGUGCUAAAACAGACAUUCUCAUACUAA